CAAGCCUUACCGCUGUGGCCGUGUCGACUGUCGUUGAGGGACCUUUUGAGACUAUCUAUCGGACAACUCUAUCGUUAUCGUCAUCAAAUGAUGAUGAAAUUCAAAGCAAUAUAGCAUCAACGUGUUGUUGUUGUUGAGCAGCAAAAUAACAAUGGCGGAUGGAAAAGAUGGAGACUGGGAAUGCGAUGGAUGUAAGAACAACAACUAUGCGUUUCGUUCCUUCUGUAAUCGUUGCAAGCAACCUCGUCUCCUCGUCGACACCAAAACACCCCCCGACUCUAAAUGGCUUCCUCGCAUCGGCGAUUGGAUUUGCGUUGGUUGCACUAACAACAAUUAUGCAUCAAGAGAGAAGUGCAAGAAAUGUGGUCAGCCAAAAGAGGUGACAGCUAUGCCAGCAAUCCCACUGCCUGGAGUUUUAAGCAGAGCACAAGGAGGGCUACUGUCGAGCAUGGGCAUGCUAGGAGCUAGCACAUUCCAACGAUCACUUCCAUCCACCUCUAACUGGUCAUCACCGAACAUGUACGGAGCCAAUAAUGUGGAUUAUAAGGAUUGGCGUAGUGGUGACUGGAUGUGCAUAUGUGGUUUCCACAAUUAUUCGUCUCGCACACAGUGUAAAGAAUGUAAUGCAGCAGCACCAGCACUUGGGAUGAAGCGCCUAGCAACUGAUGAGCCUUUACAUGACUGGGACAACAAAAGACUAAAUGCUGGAGAUGGACUAGCUGUUAACCAAUACAUGCAAUCAUAUCCUGGGUUCGGACCUGUGACUGGGUUUAUUGGUGAUCAAAAGGCUGGUUUAUAUCCCACUUUUACUAGUGGAAGUGUAGUUGCGCCUCCACAUUCGCAAGGAUUUGUGCAAUUGCCACACCAACUAGCUGCAACGACUCUGAUGGGAAAAGGAGCUAAGCAAUGGCGUGAUGGAGAUUGGAUGUGCUCAAAGUGUAACAACCACAACUAUGCAUCAAGAUAUGAGUGUAAUAGGUGUAAGACCACAAAAACUGCGAUCACUGAACCAGUUAGUGUCACUUAACAAUCCUGGUGCAGGUGUUGGUAGAAGGUCUGUCCCAGACAAAAUUGAUCGACUGUUUUUCUGUUUAGGUAAUUAGGAUUGUUCAUAUGUGCUAGCAGCUGACUUCUGCACUCCUUUCUGGGAGCUCUUAAAUGUAUCGCAUCUGAUUUGAGCAGCUUCGGAACAAGUAUUUCAAUGUUCAACUUUAUGUUAAUGUACAAAUUUUGUUUUGCACGCAUUUUAGUGAGAAACAUAAUUUUCUUCUUGUA